AUGACCAUAUGCAACGCGUGUGGAAUAUCCCCGGCCCUAUGCGGUCCGGCAGAACUCUCCCACCUCUGCCGCACGUGUCGCAAUACACGUCCAGACGCACCACAGAAGCGAGUAAACUGCUUCGCUCGUUCACGACAUUCUUCGAAUCGCACCCGCAUUCCUCCCUCCAUUCCCCCUCUUACUUCUACGCCCACUGUUCGUACCGAACACUCACAAUCAAAAAACGUCCCAGCUCAACUUUCAAAAGACCUACUCACACAGGCCAACUCGAAAAAAGGUAGCUCCACUGCCAACACGUCCUCCCCUUCCUCCUCCUCCUCUUCCGACGCGGACAACCGAACACAAACUGCCUCCCUCACUUCUUUACCCCCUCCUCCAAAACCACUCGCACGAACCAUUUCUAUAGGCACUGAACUGGUAGAACUCCGAAAGAAAAGGCUUCGGCUUUCAUCCCCAGCUCGUCGCCAACUCCCCUUGAGUUGCGGUGAGUUGGAUGUCACGAUAGAAGACUCCCUGUCCAAAGACUUCAGGGACCAUAAACUAACUGACGAAUCUCGACUCUAUCCUGGCUUCGCAACGCUCACUUCAGACCCUCAAAAGGGGAGGCAUUGGCCAGGACGAGAUAUCGUUCUUGCAGUUCGCAACGCUCUUCUUCUCGGAAUGGACCCUGUUUUUGAAACCUCUACUCUUUCAAGGAAACGGCAUCGUCUUGCGAAUCAUAUCAAUGAGAGGCAAGUCCGUCGUCGAAAGAAAUAUGAAGCACUUCAAACUAUCCCGGCUGAGAUGGAAACGACUCACUUGCCGCCAGAACUGCGCAGCUCUUUCAAUAACUCUCACAAAAGCCCUGUUGCACAAACUGUUCGCCAUUCCCAACACAGCUACGUCCGAACGCAGGCUCCAGACCGCGUGGAACAGCGAAAUAUUACGAUUAAGAGGCCAGCGACAAAGUUAGUUCAAAAUCUGCGGUCACUAUCGGCGUGGCCUAGAAGUGCACCGAGGGAGAAGCCUUCAUCUCGAAAGCCACCUUUGCCGAAGCAACACAUCCCUACCUCCAACUAUGUCCAUCGAGAUAACAAAAUCCAAACCGGCCGUGCUUCACAUCCGGGUGUGAUGAGUCGGCCGAGCGCUGGCUUAGCUUUUGAUCCAAGUACACCACUACCAGUCGUGCGACCAAUUGGUAAACGUCAGGUCCCAAACAAAGAAGCAUUUCGGCCAAAACCACAGCAAACGCCGCUAAGUUUGCGUGCGGCUUUCCCACACCAAUACCAACGUUCUCGUCCGCAAGAGUUGCAACAAGGACCAAACAACUCACAGUACCGAGCACUGCCCUUAACUUCGUGGCCACAGCCUCGAAACAUUCCUCGUUUGAGUAGCUACACCUUUGCCUCUGUUUUCCCGAGGAGAGAGAAGGGCCAUGCAUCAGGGGGUGCACCUUUCGCACCUCAAACUCCACCCAACGGUAUUUUCAACAACCAGGUACGACAAGAGAUUGCUGGAUGGCGUGAUUUAAGACCUUGCAAGCCUCCUCGACCGAAACUCUUUCCGCCCAGUUCAAGUGGCCGCGUGGAGCCUCUUGAAAGACGUCAAAUUAACGCACGUCUUUUCUCCCAUCAGCAGGAUUGGAACAAAAGAGAAAUGGGUCGGGGCUCACGACCUAGCCCCUACAGAAGCGAUACAUCUACUCUGCGGACCUCCGUCAUUCCUAAUCGAAUCCCACAGAGGAAAUUAGUCUUUUCGGGACCUACAAAUGUGUUACACGGAGGCUCGGAACCUUAUCCAAGACCACGGAGGCCACAGAAAUCAUCUUUGGAUACGAAGAGGAAGCAGCUCUUGACACAACGGUUACUGGAGGUCAGGAAGAAGAAAGCUGAGAAAAUGGCAGAAGCUAAGCACUGUGUAAAGCGCACUAUUCCUGUAAAAUCAUCUCAUAGAAUGGGCGAGGUUGAAGCGGGCAGGGCCCGACAAGGAAGUAGCCGUAGAAAAGAUGGAAGUUUUCCGCGGGAGAAUUUCCGCAAUUGCACGCAAAAUGAUAUUCACGGACCGUUUUCGCCAGUUACAUCUUCUGGAGAGCGGAUGAGAACAUCUUUUGUUGAACCGCGCCAUAAGUGGAAAGAAAGGCUUUCACGGCAAGUGCCGACUCCCAACCGAAGACAAGGCCCUCAGAAUACAUCGUCUGAUAUGCGAAACGAUGUCUGCAACCCAGAUGCUUUCGUGCUUGCACAAGGCAGUGCUAAGACAUCUUUCGCCACGAAGGAAAUGGCCUCCACACGUCCGAGCGUUUCUCUACGUAAAAGUUUCGGAAAGGAACGCCCAGUCGGCGAAGCCAAAACCCAAAUGGCACGUAGAUGGGCUACCUCACGAGAUAACGAGAACAAGUUGCAGACUGCUGUGCAGACGUCAGGCGAGAGUGGCCCAAAAGAGCCAGUAGUCGUGGUCGAACGAGAUAACCUUUCCCAUAGCGCAUAUGAUGUUAUAUCUGUCAAGUCCCUGCAAGAGCGAAAUACUGCGCCGGCAUCACUACAAAAGGUACUAACUUCAAAAUCAGUCUCGAGAGACGUUAGCAGUGCAAUAUUCAGCUCACCUUGUAGCGUCAGUUCUCCAUCACGAUUAAUGUCAUCGCCGGUCUCUGAAGCUACCCGAAAGAAGACUGCAAUGGUAGACUUGGAAGCAACUGCGAACGCAAUUCCAGUGCAUGAUGCGGGCCGCACGCAACAGGACAUCAUCCGCAACAUAGUUUCAGCCCCCGAAAAGAAAAAAACGUUUAUUGUUAAAGCAUCUUGCAGGUAUGGCUGGGCGAACAGUACGCGGCGUCUAUCGGUCAGUAUGAAAACGGCGUUUCCUGCGUUCAAGACUCGUUUGGGAGACGCAUUUGAUAUGAUCAAACCCUUCACAAUCACAUACCGAGAUGAAGAAGGGGAUUUCGUCAAAGUAUCGAGUGAGGCCGAAAUGGCUCAUCUGCUCAAUAUGGCAGGUAGGCAUGUGAGACCAGUGCAGGUGAAACUUAUUCCACCACACGGACUUUUCAAGACGAGUGAGUAG